AUGUCGGGGGCGGAAGGCUAUCUGCCUACCAGCCCCGACGAGAUAAACCAGGUCCUCGGGCCCGGAGUUCCGUUGCCAAUGUCGACCCCUCCAAUGCACUCUCCAUAUGCCUCCAAUAUGGGAAACAUGGGAUAUUUCGCCGGGUAUCCGGAGCCUACAAUAAUCAAUGCCCCGAAGGCCAGCAAGAGCCGGCGGCGUUCAGCUGCCAGCCAGGGCGGGAAUUUAGAUCAAGUGAAGCAUCGUAGGACACGCUCUGGCUGUUAUACGUGCCGGAGCCGCCGAGUCAAGUGUGACGAGACCCGGCCAAUCUGUGACCGAUGCAGGAAAGGCAGCCGAGACUGUAUUUAUCCUGAACCACCAGGAUCCAAAGGUAAUUCGGGCCAGCCUACAGCCAAAUCUAAAGACGGUUCAUCCGCUCAGUACAUAAGUCCCACAUCUUCUAACGAGGGGGAAGAAGACGAUACAGAGCAGGAAGCAAGACUCGGAACCAUUCCCGAUGAUGACGAACCCGAUGGAACCCCCCGGCGAGAAUCGAUGUCUGUCAUCUCACAACCCCGGAGAGCAAGUGCGGCUUCGCCUAAUAUGGCCCUUACGAGCGCCCGCCAAACCUCCGAAACACCAUCGCAGGAAGGUAAUAAGAGCGUUUCACCCUCAACUUCCAAUGUAACGACGGGAAGCUGGACACCAGCUGGUUACCAGGGGACGGAAACGACUUUGCCAGCGAGCGGAGGCUUAGACCGGAUGCAUCUACCCCAAGAUUUUCGGAGUUAUCUCCGAUAUUACAGGGACAAUAUGACAAAUUACCACUAUGGCCUGGCGGUCGACGAGGACGACUUUUUCCAUUCCGAGCUACCGAGUGUUGCGAUACAAUGUGAGCCGCUGCUCAAUGCAUUAGUUGGGUUUGCUGCGUAUCACGUUACUUUACAAAAUCCAAAUGGACAACUGCAAGACUUCCUGCAGUACUAUAACAAAAGCCUCGCUACAAUCGAGGAGUAUCUGGGGGAUUGGGUCAAUCUCAUGGGUCACCAGAAGGCUGCAUUUGAAAUUCUUACCCAUAUCUACACUCCGGAGACGGCGAUGCAAACCUCGAUAGGUCGAAUGUGUCUCAGCUGGUAUGCUCGAUUUGAUAAUAUUGUUGCACUAAUGGGUAGGUUUCCUACCGAGAUACCCCGUGAGUGGUUCACCACCAUGAUUGCGUAUUUCCAAACUCAGAUGGCGUCAAAUCCCUCGGAACUGCGCUGGAAGAUUGAAGACCGAUCCGCUCGCUUACGCCUCAUCUCUUACGACAUGUCGACCUUGUAUGCUCGUGGAAGCCGAAAACAAAUCGCACCGACGGAUUACGCCAACGAGCACAAUUUUCUGACUGCACAGCUUGAAGAAUGGAAGGCAAGCUGGGAUCCGAUGCUAUGCGACCAAAAACAUCUCAUUACCGAUUUUAACUGGCAACGUCCCUUGAGCCCCGACGAUAUUGUCAACCCAUAUCGCCCGGGCUUACUCUACGAUCACCCCCUAUUCAACAACACCGUCAUCAUGAUGGAAUGGCAUAGCAUUGUUAUUAUGCAUAAAACUCAGUCACCAAACAUCUCUCCAGAACAGCUGUUCACUGAAUUAGGAGGGCAUGCAUUUACGGUUUGCGAACUCUUCGAGUGCUUGGAGUAUUGGCCAGAUUUACCGCCGGGGACAUUAAUCGCGAUGCAGCCGUGUCUCGCGAUCGCGGGCCUCUUCUUGCCACACCAGCCGAGCAAUAACAUGUGGGUGCGACGGAAAUUUGCACUUCUGGAAACUCAGGGGCAUAUUAACCCUGCGACUCGCCGUGAAAAGAUGGCAGAGAUCUUUGGAGACCCCUCAUGUGCCCAGUGGUGGCUGCCUAAUGAUGAAGGGUUUACGCCGAUUCUCAAAAGCGUAAGAAGCUUUGCGGACGAGCGAAACGCUAGAGCGAUGAAUACACAACAAGUCAACCUCCGUGAGGUUAAGCACCUCUUUGAUAAACUGAUCCUUUAA